UUGACAAGCCUGUAAAUCGGCCCAUGCGGCUGCAUUUAUCCACACACAUACACUCGGCACUUUAGACCCUCAGUACUCGCUGUGGUUCUGGAGCUUAUAGAUGUGUUAAGAUGCCCUACAAUACCACCCAAAACAGCCGUGGACAGAAGGUCCAGGUGGAGAGCACACAGAAUGAUGGGAAGACUUAUGAGCAGCUGCGACAGGAGUGUUUGCGGAGUGGAAAGUUGUUUGAGGAUCCAGACUUCCCUGCAACGGACGGCUCGCUCUUCUACAGCCAAAAGGUCCCAAUAAACUUUGAAUGGAAGAGGCCGAAGGAAAUAUGCAAAGACCCCAAAUUUAUCUCUGGAGGAGCCACCAGGACCGACAUUUGCCAGGGACAGCUGGGAGAUUGUUGGCUUUUGGCUGCGAUUGCCUCUCUGACCAUGUACGAAGACACGUUAAAGAGAGUUGUACCACAUGACCAGGACUUUGACCGUGGCUACGCUGGUAUUUUCCAUUUCCAGUUUUGGCAGCAUAAUAAGUGGCUGGAUGUUGUGGUGGAUGACAGACUUCCAUGUGUGAGGAACAACCUGGUGUAUGUCCACUCCGCAGACAACACAGAGUUCUGGAGUGCACUUCUGGAGAAGGCCUACGCCAAAAUGAACGGCAGUUAUGAAGCUCUGAAAGGUGGGAGCACUAUGGAGGCCAUGGAGGACUUCUCAGGGGGCGUGGGGGAGAUGUAUGAAACGAAGAGCGCUCCCAGUAACCUCUUCACCAUCAUUAAGAAAGCUGUGGACAGAGGAUCCAUGCUCGGCUGCUCAAUCGAUAUUACAAGUUCUGCUGAGUCUGAAGCCCAAACCACUACUGGUCUGGUUAAAGGCCACGCCUACUCCAUCACUGGAGCAGAAGAGGUCAACUACAGAGGAUCUAAAAUCCAACUAGUCCGGGUCAGAAACCCCUGGGGUCAGGUGGAGUGGAACGGCCGAUGGAGCGACAACUCCAGGGAAUGGAGUGGACUUGACCCUGCAGACAAAAAUCGACUGCUUCAAAAUGCACUGGAAGACGGAGAGUUCUGGAUGGAGUUUGAAGACUUCAAAGCCAAUUACGAUAAGGUAGAGAUUUGUAACCUCACUCCGGACGCUCUGACGGAUGACGCUAAGAAGAAGUGGUCUGUAAAUAUAUUUGAGGGCAGCUGGAUCAGAGGCUCCACUGCUGGUGGAUGCAGGAACUUCAUCGACACAUUCUGGACAAACCCUCAGUUCAAGCUUCGUCUGACUGAUCCAGAUGAAAAUGACCGUCUGUGUAGUGUCAUCGUGGCUCUCAUGCAGAAGAACCGGAGGCGUCUCAGAAAGGAGGGUCUUGACUUGGAGACCAUCGGCUUUGCCGUUUAUGAGGCUCCAGGUGAAGAAGAUCACCAGGGAAAGGACUUCUUUCGGUACAACCCCUCUAAAGCACGCAGCCGUACCUACGUCAACAUGAGGGAGGUGUCUGAACGCUUCAGACUGCCACCUGGAAACUACCUGCUGGUACCAACCACCUUCCAAGCACACAAAGAGGCUGACUUCCUUAUCCGGAUCUUCUCAGAGAGCAAAGCUGCAGCCAUUGAGAUGGGAAACACCAUUCAGGCAGAUCUUCCAGAUCCACCGAUACCAAACCCUCCUGAAGAAGAAACUGAUGAGGAGAAAGGACUGAGGCGACUGUUUGAGCAAAUCGCUGGCUCGGAUAAGGCCAUCAGUGCCAGAGAACUACAACAGGUGCUGAAUGGAGUUCUGAGCAGAAGAAAAGAAGUCAAGUUUGAUGGCGUGAGCCUCAUCACCUGCCACAGCAUCAUAAAUCUCAUGGAUGUGGAUAACACAGGAUUGCUGGAAUUCGAUGAGUUCAAAGUCUUUUGGGAUAAACUGAAGAAGUGGAUUAUGCUGUUUCUUUCUUUCGAUACGGAUCGUUCAGGCCGCAUGUCUGCCUACGAGCUCCGCAGCGCUCUCAAUGCAGCAGGGAUGCAGCUGAAUAGCAAAAUUCUGCAGUUGCUGGGUCUCAGGUUCAUGGAUGCCAACUAUGACAUUGAUUUUGACGAUUACCUGACCUGUAUUGUUCGUCUGGAGAACAUGUUCAGAGUUUUCCAGGCAUUUGACAAGCAAAAGAAGGGUGUGAUCAGUCUGAAUAUGCAGCAGUUCCUGUUUUUGUCCAUGAAUGUCUGAGGAUUUCAUGAAAGAAGAAAAGAAACGAAGGAAGAUCUGUAUGGAUGAAACCACUGUGGAUGUUGACUUAUAUUGAAUACAUUUUUUUAUUCUCAGGCUCUUUCCUCUUAAUACUCACCAAACAAAACAACAUUUGCAAACAAACUUUUUAUUGUCCUGUUCUGUUUAUUUUUCUUUCUCUGAUUUAAGACACAAUGACCCUUUCUUGUUUGUAAUAUUGCCAGAUCUUAUUUUGUUUUGAAGGCUGCUAAACUUCUCUAAGCUCUCAAGGUGCAUUCAUAAAUUAUCAAAAACAAGAAAAUAAAAUGCUUAUAAAAUGCAUUAAUGAAAUAAAAUGUUGGUGCUAUAAA